CUAUGCAAACUAGUGAAUUCCAGACCUGAAAAAUGGGAUGAGUACCUAGAUGCAGUAAUGUUUGGUCUUCGAACCAAGACACAGCUGACAACUAGGUUCUCACCCUUUUUCCUAAUGUUUGGCAGAGAAGCUAGAUAUCCUUGUGAGGUGCCUGAGACAUAUGAGGCCAACAGCACAGUGGAAUCUGUGUUGGCAGAGGACAAUGUGUCACAGGCCAUUUCUCUUAAGGACACCAUGGACCACAUUGUCAAGGAUAAUGUCAAAAAGAAUCAGGACAGGAGACAGAAAGUGUCAAAUCAAGCACCAUUCUCUGUAGGCCAGAAGGUGCUGCGAAAGAAUAUAAGGAGCCAGCAGAGAAAAGGGGGCAAGCUUGAAAGAAGCUGGUUGGGCCCUUAUACAAUUGUGCACAUUCAAGAGAAAAGUGCUGACCUAAUGGAUAAACAAGGAGUGAUGCAUCCCAAAAUCAGUACCAACCAUCUAAAACCGUUUAUUGAUGACACACCACACAUACCCCAUAGACUACAAGGACCACAGUGCAAAAGACCACAUAUAGACAUGACCGGUGAAACUGGACCAUCCCCUUCAAUCCUUCCUGUAGACCUUUCAAUGUCACAGCACAAUCAGCAUCCACUCUCUUCUCCAUCCUCACCCUUAAUCCCAGCACCAAUUGAUUUGUCAAUCAAACGCCUGUGCUCUCCUGUGUCCCAUACUACUGCUGUGGCAACAUUGGUACCAGAUGACCCCACAGAUGCAGUGCAUUGUAAGUGUUGA